ACAAGGCUGAACUGCGGGCAAGAACCAGAACGGCGGCGUCCAGGCAGUGCCGAGCGCUGCGAACUUUCCGGCGAAGCAGGAAACAAUAAAACGCGGAGCUUCGGCCCCAGCCGCCCUCCCCCAGCCCGGCCCGGCCCCACAGGGAGCCCCUCGCUGCCGCCGUCGGGGACGGGCUCCUCGAAGGCCUGCCGCGGGGCGGGGGGGGGGGGGAAUGCCCGGCAGGCCCGAAGGAGCUCCCCGGCGGCCGCACCGCCCCCCCCGCCGCCGCCGCCAGCGGAGUCCCGGCCUGGCGGGAGGCCGAUCCCGGGCCGCUCCGAGGCCGCGGAGCCAGUUGCCGGGGAGGGGAGAUAAGCUUGCCCGGUCUCAAGCAUGCCAGGGACCAGGACCGCCUGCUCCGGUGGGUGCCACGCAUACCCGGGAGUUUCUCCGGCGCGGCGGAACGACGCGGGCCGCGCCUGUUCCCGCCCGGAUUCGCACCGCGGUCCCCGCCGGAGCGCUUCCCGGGACACCGGAAGCCGCCUCAGCGAGCCUCGGGGUCGUGCAAGCCGGGCUUUGAUAAAGCAAGUAUGUUUGCUCUCAUACAACGAUGCUGUUUCCCCACACCUUUCAAACUCCAGAAGUUCGCUGGUCCCAGACUACUACUGCAUGGAAAGAAUAAAACAACUUGGUCUUUUCUCAACCUUCGGCUGCAGAGAGAUGUGUAUCUUCUCUCAAGAUCUUCAAGCCUCAAUCCAGCAUCAGUAUAUGCAUCCAAGCUCCAGGCUUUUCAUACCUCUCUCCCCUUCUUCAAGAAGAAAACCCCCAAAGAAUAUGAGACCAGAGGCCCGGGCGUCUUGCAGCGAAGCAUGACAUCACUAAAAGAUUCUCCCAAGCCAGCCCUUUACUUAAGCCUCACAGGGCUAAUUCCAUUUGUUUCUGUGCCACUGUUAAUGGCCAUCCAAGGGACCUACUACCCAGAGCUGGCAUUUGCUCAGGUUACAUAUGGUGCCGCAACAGUCUCUUUCCUAGGAGGAAUGAGGUGGGGGUUUGCUCUCCCAGAAAACAGCCCAGCUAAGCCAGACUGGCUGAACCUGGCUAACAGUACAGUUCCUCCUCUACUUGCCUGGCAAGCCUUAAUUUUUAAAGAUAUAACUCUUGGUGCAAUAAUGCUAGUAAUGGCCUUAGGGAUAGCACUGCAUUAUGACAUUUCCCUUCUUCCUACUUAUCCUAGGUGGUUUAAAGUACUGAGGGUAGUGGGAACUGUGCUGAUGGCAUUAUCGCUAUUAGCUACUGCAGCGUUGAAGGCUAUUAUAGAGGAGUGACAGCAGAAAUAAAUGGCAGAACACAGAAUAACAAAUCAACAGGAAAAAACUCUUUAUCUGCCAAUAAGGUAUUUGUAUUGUGUUCCAGGGGAAAUAAAGACUUACUUGUGCUUAGAAGUCAUAAGAUGAUAGUGAUCAAGAUGAUUAUUCUGAAAGCAAACUACUUAGCUAGUUUAGGAGGGAAGGAUUGUAAAUAGCAAUGACUUCCAAGGCAGGUACAAGUUUGUCCUUCUCUGUAGAACGAAGCAUCACUCUUGAACGAGAUGUUGCUGUCAUAUGAAUAUAACAUGGAAUUCAAAUGACAUGGGUAUGAAUUGUUCUGUGCUGAAUUAUUAAAGUAUCUGGUUUUAACUAUAAUGCGUCAAUGUUAUGUGGUGGGGAGAACAACUGUGCAGUCAUAAACAGUAAAAAGGUGAAAGCAGUUCUUCUAGUUUAGUGUUUGAAGUAUCAGCAGAGAAUUACACAAAAGUACAUAUAUGUUUGAUUCCUAUGUUGUGGAACAAAACACUGUCUUACUUCAACUGAGGUGGUACUGAAAAUGAUACAUGAUUAAGUGCUAGUCAGUUAAGAAUGGAUAGGCAAGGUUUGUUUGCAGUGGCAAGCCAGGGUCAGCACUCACCUAAAAUAUGUCAUCCAGCGGCUGUAAUGCAGUGGGGAAAGCUUUGGAUCUUGGACAAGACACCACAAGAGACAGAAGGUUAGCUUCCUACUCAGGCUUACUGAAAUAAAAAAGGAUAGGUUUUGUUUGGACUUAGGGCAGCCUAAGCCAAGGAAGCUGCACAUGACGUAGUACUCUAGGAGUAUGACAGAUCUUUAUGUCUAUCAACUGAAUGUGACACAUGGACUUGAUUUCUGGUGCUAAGGGAUCAGAUAAUGAGCCUGAAAGUAGUUUGUGUCUUCUCACUCCUUAAAAUUCAUUUUAUUUGAGCACCCAGGCAGGGCAGGUAUAAAUGGGUUUGAAGCCUGCAAACCCUUUGUGACGGACAAAUUACUGAAAACACGGCUGAAGCACGUGCUCUUUGUACUUAAGUUGUCCUAACACAUCAUUCAGGGGAAGAAGAUACAACCUAAGUCACAGAUUUUCUUUUCUAGCCUCAGCUACCUCAAGAAACCUAUGAAAGUGUAUGUGGGUAUAUUUACUACAGGCUUUUAAGUAUUCUUUAAGUACAGUAUAAGAUGCAAGGAGGAGGCUGAGAAGUGACAUCCUCACAGUGUUGUUCUAUAGAGAAUGAAGCACAUACUGUCACUUAAGAUUUGUUGUAUGUUAAUUCUGCAAAGAAUAUAUGUUUAAGAAACCUCUCCAUCGUGAUGAUAGAGCCAUCUUCUUAUGCGGUAUUGCUGAAAUAGCAACUAUGUACACAAGCCUCAGACUUUUGUAGCCUGUUAGUCUUUACAUGUUAACAGCAUCAUACCUCUGAAGCAGCGAUAUAUUUCAGUGGUCUCUGACUAUAAAGGAAGUAAAAUUGAGUUCAUGAAUUAAA